AUGUAUGGCAACCAGGUUCGGGACGAUGACCUGGUUCUGGCAGUAGCUGAGGAGCUGGGCCUCGUGGUGGAAAACUGCUCGGAGGCGUUUGCGGCUACAGCCGCCUACAUAUUGUUCGACACGAGAAUGGACUUCCCGGAGGCCCACAUGGGCCCGAUGGAUCCAGAGGCGCACGAAUUCAGGUAUUAUGAGAACUGUAAGACUGCG